CUUUCUGUCUUUUUCUCUUUUGGUCCAUCUAAUGACUCUAGCAACCAAAAAAAUUAUUAAUACAUAAUAAUGUACAUGCUACAUUUCAUACAUUAUAUGAUCCCAAGAAACAAAGUGAAACAAACACAUUAAAGACUUCCAGGACAUUUCUGAGUGAGCAAGUCAUUUUUGACUAACUUAUGACAAUCUUUAGGUUAUAGCCUGCAGGAGCUGCUGUAUGAACAUGACAUAAUGACACAUACAACUGCUAGCUAAACAUAAUUGCCACAAUGGGGAAAACAUCCAGCCCUUUUUUAUUAGCAUUAAGGGAGGGGCCAUGUGUUAAAUGGUUAAAUUAUUAAAUUAUGUUUAUGCCUCGAGCCAUGUCAGUGUCAGAGCUGAAUUUGAUUUGGAACUGUAUCAGAGGCCUUAGCCACAUCUUCACAUGUAGUGCGUAGUGCUUGGUUUGUACAGAAACAUCAAGUCUGCCUCAUUUCUUUGUUUGCAAAGUUUCUUUGCUAUAUUGCUUUUUUAAUGGCUUUCUCAAUUAUUCAAGGCAUGCAAUAUGAUUUUUAAAAUUAAUUGCAGUAAUUAUCACUGCACUAAACAGUACUAUAAAUCUUCCAACUAUUAGGACCAGUUAUAUACAUUGUUUAAGUACAUUAAUCUUCUACCUCCAAAUAUAAGCCUUCCUCCAAAUAACUCUCCAAACUGUGCCACUGUUUCAGCCAUUCAGGAUGUGGUAAGCUUUGAGGAAAUACAGUAAACACAAGUAAUGCGCGAUAUUGCCAAGGUUCCUAGCCCUCAACCUCAGCAACCUCAUCCUCUGUCGUGAACUUCUCUGUCGUUAAAAGACGUGAACUACCUUCACUUAAGUAUGGUAACAUGAUAUGAUGAUGGGAAAUUAGUAUGUUUAAACAGGAGCUACUUUUUCAGAAUUGUAGUUCUUCCUUGUGCUAGAGCAAUCAUGAAAAAAAUAUAUUAAAUGACACAAGCAGGAAUUGUGGUUGCUGCUCACAGGGCCAGAGUCAAAAUCAUUUCAGUUCCAUAUAACAAGGCACCAACAGGAAUAAUAAGCUGCACAGAGAGGCUUCAAAGCUGUUCAUGCUUCCAUGACAAAAUCAACUGCAUGUUAUGUGGCAUUUGCAGUGAUUGCAGUGUUUUUUCCCAUCAUAGAACAUAUUGGCCAGGUUGUAAAAUGUAUCCUUUAAUUUCUGAUGUUUUUCGUCACAUACUGUCUCAUCCUCCUCACUUUGACAUGCAUUCUUUCAUAUGCGUAACUCUGUGGUUAACACUGUUGCCUCAUCAAAUCAGUGUGUUGUCUGCAUAGUGUCCUCAGGAUUUUGUGUGGGUUUUUUCACUUUCUACUCAAAUGAAAGAGAAAAUGAAAAAUAAUGAUGAUUUUAUUUGAAAAUUUGUGUCAUUAGUCAUUUCAUGUAGUAUCUUAAUCUGUAAAGUCUGAAGCUGUGUUUUUCAUGUCAUUUGGUAGAUGUUGUGCAGGCUGUAUUUUUGUUGUCUGUUUAUUUCUGAGAGAUCACUUUCCAGUUUCCCUUCCAGAGGAAAUUCAGAAUGUGUUGUGUAAUGUCCCUCGUUCAGCAGAACAUUAAACCCCACCUCUUUCACAAAGUGCAUAACAACAUACUCAUAAACUCUGCAAACUCUGGCCAGGAUAAAGAAAGAGCUCAAUGUCUCAACCAAAACUGGGUGGAAACUGUUGACUACUCACAGCACUAUACUUCCACCAUGGACAGGUAUCCCAAAUGACAUGACAUCAUGGCUUCUUGACUAUAGGUCAUAUAAUAAUAUCACAGACAUGUCAGGUCAUUGUCAGACUGUCACAGAUCAGGAAAGAAAGAAGAUUCAUCAUCAGUUUUCCUGUUAUUUCCCAAUGAGGCCACACAUCUGUUGUUUACUCAAGCCUCAUACAUGAGUUCUGCGUAAUAUCUGAGUCAUUUUUCAUUGGAAAGAGUGAAGAAGAAGAAGAGCUACAGACCACUGCAAGUUCAUAUAUACAUUCAGCAUUUAUUUUUUGGACUAUAUUGUAGAGUUCUGCACUGAGAAGAUGAGGCUGCACUUGUUAUUCUCCAUCCUCUGCAUGAUUAAUAAUACCACAGCAAUUAUAUCCAUCAUCUUACCCAAAGGUGAGAAAGGAGAUCCCGGUGUCCAGGGACCACCUGGGUCACCUGGGAUAAAUGGUUCCCCUGGGCUUCUAAAAGGGGAUCCGGGAGUGCGUGGAGUGCCUGGACAGCCUGGACGGACUGGAAAACCAGGAAUGCAUGGAGAACCCGGACCACGUGGACCUCCCAUAAUGUGUAGACAAGAUGACAGUGAUUCCAGCUGCCUGGACCUCAAAGCCACAAAGGAGAGCCUUGCUAAGUUAGAGAUUGCUAUAACCUAUGACUUUGUCCGAAGAGUUGGUCAGAAAUACUUUGUGUCCUACAAGGAGAGAGACUCCUUCUCCAGAGCCGUCGAGUUCUGUUCACAGCGAGGCUUAGAGCUGGCUUUGCCCCAGAGUGAGGAGGAGAACAACAUACUGACUCAGUUCUUUGGAGACGUUUACAAAUCAGCCUGGAUCAGCGUCAACAAUAAAAAAGCAGAGGGAAAUUUUGAAACAGAUAUGAAAAACCGACCUCUGACCUUUACCAAAUGGGGAGCAGGGCAGCCAGACAAAUCCAUUGUGGACACAGGCUGCACCAUGAUAUCAGAAAAUGGCAUCUGGCAAGUGACACACGAAUGCUUCCUGAAUGCUUUCAUCAUUUGUCAGAUGUAGAACAGAAACAAGCAAAUUAUACCCGAUCUUAUGAUAUAUAUGUCUACAGUUUUGUGUUUAAGUUUGGUAUAGAUGUCUUUAAAUCAUUAUUAUAAUCAAAUAUUAUCCUUAACCAUUUUCAUUGAUGGAGAAACUGCUGCAAAAGCAGUUUAGAGCUUAACCUUUGUUCUUAGAAAAAUAGAAAAUAUAAUAACCUGCAUCUGUCAUUAUUACUCUGGCUCAUACAUAUUACUCUAUGCAGUAGUCGAGUUGUAAAAUGAAACCAGGGGGGAUGGUGAAAUUUUUCAUUUAUGUGACAUAUUUUCCAGCAGGGGGAAAAUUUUGUAUUUCUUAGAUGCAAUUUCCUGCAUUCUAGUCAA